UUGGUGAUGGAGAAAGACACGGGAUGAUAAUGGAGAAGCCACUUUACAUUGGACAAGGAAGAGCUAGGGCAAUCACAGAACAUGAUAUAAAUUCUGAAAUAAAGUUGGCAUCAGAAAUGACGAAUUCUGUGAAACGGAGUCAAGCUACUCAGAAGAUGAAAGAGUUAGGCAUUGAGAGGGCAAAGAUGUAUGGAUGGCCAAACACGUACUCAUUCACAAAGGCAAUGGGAGAGAUGUUAAUAAAUAACUUCAGAGAUGGCGUGCCAGUGGUCAUACUUCGUCCUUCUGUGGUUGAAAGCUCUUACAGAGAGCCAUUUCCUGGUUGGAUUCAGGGAUACAGAGUUCUUGAGCCAUUGAUAUUUAAUUAUGGGAAGGGUAAUCUCCCAGGAUUACUUGGAGACCCCCAAACUGUUGUAGAUUUGAUUCCAGUGGAUAUGGUUGCCAAUGCCACAAUGGCUGCAAUUGCAAGACAUGGAGCUGCUGCAACACCAGAAUUAAACGUGUACCAUAUUGGAUCUUCUUCUGAAAACCCUAUUUUAUUAGGAGACAUUUUUUACUAUGCUUGUGGCCAUUUUAACUCGUUUCCAUUGCCAAACUCAAAUAAUGGAAAUAAUCCAACUUGCAUUAAGAGCAUGAACUUCUUCAGCUCCUUGGAUGAUUUCUCUUCUUUUUCAAUGGAAAUGGCAAGGCAAAGUGGAUUAUUGUUGGAUUCUACAAACCUUGAAUCUAACCUCCAUAGAAUCCUUCAAAACAAGUCCAUAAAGAAAACAGAGAUUUUUAUUCACAUGGCUAAUCUCUAUCGGCCAUAUACAUUUUAUAAAGUAAGGUUUAACAAUGGCAAUACACAGAGGUUACAUGGAGGAAUGUCUGGCGAAGAGAUGAAGAACUUUGGAUUUGAUGUGGAAAGAAUGAAUUGGGAGCAAUACAUAUCCAACAUUCACAUCCCAGGUGUGAGGAAACACCUCCUCAAGUGUUGAAUUCUUGAAGCGGAGGACUCAAUAAUAGCGAUUCAAUCAGCAGAUAUAUGAUAUUAAUUAAUUACUAUUAAGUUUUUAAUUAUGCACAUUUCGAUGUUCAUGUAAGAGGAUGAUAUAGAAGAAACA